AUUGAUUUGUAUAGAGUCCAGUCUCACUGUCUGUAUUGAUUUGUAUAGAGUCCAGUCUCACUGUCUGUAUAGAGUCCAGUCUCACUGUCUGUAUUGAUUUGUAUAGAGUCCAGUCUCACUGUCUGUAUUGAUUUGUAUAGAGUCCAGUCUCACUGUCUGUAUUGAUUUGUAUAGAGUCCAGUCUCACUGUCUGUAUAGAGUCCAGCCUCACUGUCUGUAUUGAUUUGUAUAGAGUCCAGUCUCACUGUCUGUAUUGAUUUGUAUAGAGUCGAGAUCCUACGGAAAUAUGACGACCCUGUGGGGGUAAACAAAGCCUAAUUAGACGAGUCAGCAUCGAGGCAGCUCGGCUUUUUUCAUCCGUGAGGUCGAGAAGUUUUUUGUCGGCGAAAUAGAAACACGACAGCGCCGUACGUUGCCGUGGCUGUGUUUGCAAGUUACCAAACUGUACGUCCGAGUUUAAAAAAACAAAACAAAACAACGAGACCUGUCCCAGGUGAGACGGGGGUCUCUCUCUCUCUCUCUGGAGCUGUGAUGCAGCUGCAAGCAGCCGGGAUCCUGCUGUGUAAGAAAUGCAUCCGAGCAGCCAGGAGGGGAAUCAGUGUGAGCACAGCGUGGAGCAGGUCCAGUGAAAAUUAUUACGAUGUCCUUGGAGUGAAACAGGAGGCUUCCCUGGAUGAGAUCAAACAAGCUUUCUUCAAGCGAUCAAGGAAGCUCCACCCUGACAGCGACCCCUCGAACCCGGGUCUCCACAGCCGGUUCGUGUCCCUGAGCGAGGCGUACCAGGUGCUGAGUAAGGAGUCCUCGCGGAGGCAGUACGACGCCACACUGCGCCUCCGACCAGCGUCGGGAUCGGGGAGCAGAGGGGACCCCUACACCUACCCCUCCCCACACAGCCCGGGGUCCGCCGGCUCUCGGUACUGGGAGCAGUUUGGCCCCGCCCCCUCCGAGGGGUUGGACCCCGCCCUCGCGGACAGGAAGAGGAGGCGGAACCUGCAGCUGGUGGGGUGCUGCGUGCUGGUGAUGCUGGCCAGCCUGGGGGUGCACUACUUCGGAUUCAGGAAGCUGGAGGAAGCUCACAACAGCUUCAUGGAUGAGAAGGACCGUGUGAUCACAGAGAUCUACAAGGAGUCUAAAGAGAGGGCCAGGAUGAACGGGUUGAAGAAACAGCAAGAGAUUCUUCGUCAGAAACACGCCGAGUUCGUGGAGAAAUACAGAAACCGCAGCGACAAAUAAACUGCUAAAAGCCUUCAACAAAAUAAAAUACCUUCAGCAAAUUCAAACCACGCUGGAAAUAAUAAUAAUAAUAAUAAUAAUAAUAAUAAUAAUAAUAAUAAUAAUAAUAAUAAUAAUAAUGCUAGAUUCUAUGGCCCGCAUGCGGUGCGUUUUUAAACGGUGUUAUUCCUAUGGAAAUGUUAGUGUAGCCUACAGGGUUUUUAAUCAUUAAAAUGUUGUAUUUUCAGCAGUCAGUCUUGCCAGUGUCUCGUCAGUACCAAUAUUUCGUCUGUAACUGCAGUUUAACUGGGCAAAAAAAAAGACCUUAUCCAUUAUCGAUUUACCGUUUCGUUAAAUAUAUAAAAAGAUAAGGGGGGGAAAAUGACCUCUGUCUACGUUACCUCAAAAAAAAAACAAAAAAAAAAAAAAAAAACCGAAAGUUUUAAGCUCGCAUUCUCGAAACCCUUUAGCUGAAAUACGCGGGAUCAUUUCAAAUGAACACAGAGGCUGUCUGUCUGUCUCUGUGUGUGUGUGUGUGUCUGUCUGUCUGUCUGUCUGUGUGUGUCUGUAUGUGUGUCUGUCUGUCUCUGUGUGUGUGUGUCUGUCUGUGUGUGUGCGUGUGUGUGUCUGUCUGUCUGUCUGUGUGUAUGUGUGUCUGUCUGUCUCUGUGUGUGUCUCUGUCUGUGUCUGUCUGUGUGUGUGCGUGUGUGUGUGUGUGUCUGUCUGUGUGUCUGUCUCUGUGUGUCUGUCUGUCUGUCUCUCUGUCUGUCUCUCUGUCCCGCAUACUCGUUCACCCCGAGGUUAACCAGUUACCUUUAAAUGUUAGUAUAAAAGCGUGCUGAGCAGAGCCGGUCCGAUGUGUGCCAAUCUCUUCGAUCUUGGCAAACACAGACCCACCCUGCCCGCCCAGGAUUUAACACAAUUACGGGGUCUGGAAAAAAAAAUAAAAUUUAGUCUCUGCCAAUUCUCCGCGGAACCGGAUAAGACUCGAAUAUCAAUCUAAAUAAAUCUACCGCGGCGGCACAGGUCGCAGCACGAAUCAUACGUUGUUUGUAAUAAUAAUAAUAAUAAUAAUAAUAAUAAUAAUAAUAAUAAUAAAUAAAUCCAGCGCCAGUUGUAUUGAUUAGGACGAGCGUCUGGGUUCAAACUGUUAUUUGUCGGAUCGAUAUUGAUAUGUAUAGGUCAAUCUCACACAAGCGUGGCAUUCAAAAAAAAAAAAAAAAGUUAUUUUAUCGUUUCAAUCAAACCACGCGUUUUCUUCGUGCUAAAAUUAACAAUAAACUGUUUACAGUAAAACCUUUGAACAUAAGAAAGUUUCCAAACGAGAGGAGGCCAUUCGGCCCAUCUUGCUCGUUUGGUUGUUAGUAGAAAAUUUGUCUAAACUUUUUUGUCUAAACUCAACUUUUUUUUUUUUUCUCAGAAAGAUAGAGGCUGGUGCCAAAUACACAACUUUUUAAAAUGUUAUUUUAAUUGAAAUACUUCUCGUAGAUGUCCACACAGGUUAACUAACGUGCUUGAACAGAACUUUCCUAUCGCUGUCGAGGGGAGUGGCUGGUUCUGUAACAGCGACCCCUUACCGCAGCCACUGGUAUUACACGUUAGGGCAACACUAUAGAAAAUUCCGUUCAUUACUGUAGUUUCAAAAGUACGAUGUGUCCUUGUGAUAAAAAAUAAUAAUAAUAUUAGACUUAUUAGUAGUAGUAGUAGUCGUUUGGUGUAUGGCAAGAUUAUUAUUAUUAUUAUUAUUAUUAUUAUUAUUAUUUGUAAUGUAUUAUUGUUUCCUUGUUAAUUUUAUAAAGUGAAGAAAAAAAAAUCUGACAAAAAAUUAACAACGCUAUCGGACUAUAGGCUAUAGUUCUACAGUAUUUAACAAAACCAGCAACGCGCCCGCCUCUCUUUUUAAAAAGGGUGUGCUUGUCUCUUUAAUUAAACGCCUAUGGGAGGAGAUUGCGCUGACAGACCGUGGAUUGAACAGAAAGGGUCUCGUCAUGAGUUUACACGCCAACCCCGGCGGCGACAGCAGCAGCAACAGCAGCCCGGCGAAACGACAACAAGCCCGCCUUCCCCAACCCUCCCCAACAUCACCGAGCAGAGCCGAGAAACGACAACAGCCCGCCUUCCCCAACCCUCCCCAACAUCACCGAGCAGAGCCGAGAAACGACAACAGCCCGCCUUCCCCAACCCUCCCCAACAUCACCGAGCAGAGCCGAGAAACGACAACCAGCCCGCCUUCCCCAACCCUCCCCAACAUCACCGAGCAGAGCCGGGACUGACUCAACCGAGCAGAGCCGAGACUGACUCAACCGAGCAGAGCCGAGACUGACUCAACCGAGCAGAGCCGAGACUGACUCAACCGAGCAGAGCCGAGACUGACUCAACCGAGCAGAGCCGAGACUGACUCAACCGAGCAGAGCCGAGACUGACUCAACCGCCGCCGCCGCACCUGCACCCGGACUGGCUGACUGCGCGAGGAGGGACCCGAGUUCUAGAACACGGUUCAAAAUUCAAACGGCAAACCGCCAGGUCUCGUGUCGGGGACGGUUAGGUUAUCAGGAUUCAUUUAUAUAGAGGACCGUUUGUGUAUUGACGUGUCCCAGAGCUGUAUGUAUUUAUAUUUAUAUUUUAUUUUCAUUUAUGACAUUUAAUGAAAUGAUGCCGAGGUACCGACGACAGACAGCAAAUGACACUGCCUCCGCUGUACAACGCGAGUUUGAAGAUGUUUUUAAUUCAAGAGAAGAGAAAGCGUGUGUGUUUGAAUAACGGUGUAGCUCUGUAUUAUUAUUAUUAUUAAUAUUAUUAUUACUAAUACACAAUUUGAAAAGUUUUCUUUUUUAUUUCUGUUGAUAACAACACGAACUGCAUUUUUGUUAAGGAAUAAAAAAUAUUCUCUGACACUAAUUGAAUAUAUAUCUAUAUAUAAUUGAUUUUUCCAUCGCUACUCACACUUCAAGACGACCGCCUGUUUGGUCUAGGACUGUUGAAAGAAAAGUCUCAAAAUAACCAAAACCUGGAAUAUCAUUUCUGAAAAUUAAUUCUUCAUUAUCAUCAGCACAUCGGAUAUUACAGACGGUUCCCACCGUGGAUUAGUUAUUUUUACAAUGUGGAAUACGCCGGACUUCUGUUUGGAGAUUUUUAAACUUGGGUUUCAGCAUUUAAGAGUCCUGUUUCUAAGUUUCCUUAUACCAUAAGGGUUGGAAAAGACGGAUUUUAAAAAAUAAAUAAAUAUAUAUAUAUAAAGAGAAA